AUGGAGGCGUUAGAAAAGCAGCCUGCGUCGUUACAAGAGCUUCCAGCACGGAACACGAAUCCCUUAAAGUUAAUCGCGCUCCUGCGCGAGCAGUUCGGGCUUGGUCAGUACAGAAUAUCAAUGAUCCGAGGCGUCUACAACAUCCGCACCCCACGACGGCUCUCCCUCGAUGAAAUCGCACAGUGCAAAGGGUUCUAG